UGGAGAGUGGAAGUGUAUCACACACAGACUGACUAGGGGAAAACUUUUUUUAUUGCUCCAAAUACAUACGCAUACACUCAUACACACACACACGCUCACACACACACAGAGCGAGCGAGAGAGAGAGAUAGAUAGAUAGAUAGAUAGAGAGAGAGAGAGAGAGAGAGAGAGAGAGAGAGAGAGAGAGAGAGAGAGAGAGAGAGAGAGAGAGNAGAGAGAGAGAGAGAGAGAGAGAGAGAGAGAGAGAGAGAGAGAGAGAGAGAGAGAGAGAGAGAGAGAGAGAGGAAAUGGAGAUGGCAUCUGUGGCGGCUGAGGGAGAAACCAGAGGUGGCAAGAAGGUGGUUGUCGGGAAUAAGGAAAACGGAGGGGCACUGGGGGAAUUAGAAAAAGAAGAAGAAGAAGAAGAAAAAGAAAAUGCGCAUUUUCAAACCGAGGGUUUGAAAACCAAGAUGGCGGGAAAGAAAGCUGGCAUCAAGGGAGCAGCUGCUUCAGAUUAUGCUAAUUUCGAUUUGGAUUUGGGCGGUGUCGAUGUGGAAACCGAGGUUUUGAACCACGGAUCGAGCACACACCUGUUCCUGGACCGGUUUUCAGAAUACCAGGUGCUUGGAAUGCUGGAAGAGACGGGGUGCUUGGAACGACUGCGUUCCCGUGGCUUUCACGAUGACCUGAGGUUGGCCUUUGACCUUAAGGAUGCGUUCGUCCACAAGAUGUUUCUCUACAGCGCCACUGUGAACAAGCCUCUUUGUCAACUGUUUGUCAGAGUUAUGUCAGAUUCUGACAUGACCAGGUUCAAUGCUUUGCAAGACUGCGAAGAGGUGAUCGAUGGAGUCGAGUGUAUCAGAGAAUGGCUGGCCAGUUUACGGUCUGGACUGUCUAUAUUCAUGGUAGAAUGGUUACUCCUUCAAAAUCCUCUGGCCCCUGUUGUUCAACCACGUGGACGUGGCAUUGGGGAUAUGGAAAAGGAUAAUAAGGAGAAGGAGAAGGAGAAGGAGAAGAGAUCGUUGUUGCCAGGUCAGCAAUUACCAGGGCUGGGGCUCGGACGGCGGUUCGGCGAUUUCCUGGCCACGCUGGCGCAACGAAGUGACUGUGAUGCAAUGGUCAAUCGACCACUCUUUUUCCACAAUGCCUUGAUGUAUGCACGGGAUGGCACCACCUUCUUGAAUCCAGAAGUUGAGGGGAAGUUUCAGCGAUUGCUCAGGGAUCUAAGGAGAAACCUUCGUCGAAAAGGCCUUGCGGCGGUGUCGCGCGCUGUCCACUGUGGGGCCCUAAGGCAUGCGCACUUGGGUUUUACCGUUUCCUGGCACGAGGACGAGCAGAUCCGAGCAUUCAGUGACAAAGUAAGAGGGUUCCUGGAGGGGGAGAGUUACAAGAGGCUGGUUGCCCGCCAUGUGGCAGCCGAGGAGGAGGAACGCCCCUCCGAUGUCAGAUCAUCAGAAAUCAUAACCCGUUCGGAGUCGGAAUCGCGACUCCAAGGUUCCAACGGCAUUACGAUGACCACAGUGAAUCCAACGACAAGGGGGGGUCCGCGGAGCUCAAUUGAAUUUCAUGUUGACGGCAACGGAAUUUCAAACACCAUCCCUGGAGCAACAGGAGUCACCAACGGCAACUUCUUGGGUCAGGGCAACCUGUUGACAUCAACGGAAUUUCAAACAGAGCCCCCACCACCAUCAUUCUCCUCCCUAGCACACAACAACGACAAGAACAACAACCAGCAGCCGCUCCAAGCUCCGCUGCAGCAGCAGCUCUACCGCCAUAACCAAAGUUCCUUUCGUCAUCGACUACACCAUCACCAUCAUCAUCACCAUCAUGAUCAUCAUCGUCAUCAUCAUCAGCAGCAGCCCAAUCAUCAUCAUCAUCUUCAUCGAAAUCGGCUUUAUCAUCAUCAUUAUCGUAACCGUGGCAACAAGAAAGUGGGCGCCCUUCAUACGACCACAGAUAAUGGUAGGGGUAACGGACCGAUGGGAGUGGUGGAUGGGUCUGAUCCACAGGGGCGAAUGGUUUGCACGUCCUCGACUAGUGAGGAGGAGGAGAAGGAGGCAGAGGAGCAAGGCAAAUGUACUUUUCAGCUAGACUGGAAACUAAAGACAACUGACUUGAGGACAAUUGCAGAGAGGCUCAAGUCGGCUGUCCCUCUGCGCAGGGUGAGUACGUUGGCGCGUAAUAAUAGAGGGUUGGUUUAGAAGUUAGAACCAAAAAAGAAGGGAAACAAACAAGAAACUUGAAG